AAAUUUUUGACACCUUCAUCUUCACAUAAACAAAAAUAUCAUAUUUUGAAUUUUGAUCAAAUCCAUUACUUCCUUUUUUGGAAUUUGCUGGUUUUCUUCGCUUUUCUUCUUCAUAAAACUAAUUAAUAAAGGUCGUCAAAUGGCUGGAACCAGUGGAAAAGGAACAUUUCAACCAGAUUCAGAUGUUCAUAUUUCCUACGAAGAUCAGCAAAGAAUCAACGUGUUUGCUAGAUUGAAUGCUAAAUUGGAGGAUUUGAAGGAUGAAGUUAAAGUUAAGGAGAAUGAUCUCAAGAUUCUUGAAGAUGCCUGCGAUGAAAUAGCCUUAUUCGACGAUGACGAAGAAAUUCCCUAUUUAGUAGGUGAAGUCUUUAUCUAUCAAAAUCUAGAAAAAACUCAGAAGUGCCUAGAAGAAGCCAAGGAAAAAAAUGAAAAAGAAAUUGCUGCUCUACACAAGAAGUCUGAUGACAUCAGAGAUCAAAUGGAUGAGCUUAAAGGUCACUUAUACGGGAAAUUUGGUAGCCAUAUUAAUCUUGAAGCUGAUGAUUAAUAAUUUUUAAAUUUUUUUGAAUAAUGUAAAAUUUGGUAAACAAGCGUUUUUAUUUAGUUGCAUAAUUUAUGAAAUAAACAUUUUGC